AUGCGAAGAACGCGCCGCCUAACCUUAUGGAGGGUGCUCGGGAGGAGCUUCACGACGGACGGGGGGGGAGAGUACAAAAGGGGGAACGCCUUCGAAAUGUGGAGGUACCAAGGCUCACAAACGUACCAAGCCGAGUUAUCAUUUCACAGCAGCUUUAAAACUGGUGAAGAUAAAGAACUGCUCCUAAGCACAAGGGUGAGCAAAUAUAAGAACGUAAAACGUGCCAACAUCAAAUUUAUAUUUUUGUUUCUAACGUUUAGCAAUCCAUGCUGCAACCAUUUUAUUUGUAAAACGAACCCGAGCAAUGGAAUCCCCACACAGGUGCUAGCCAAACUGAACUACCUCCUCUUGAUAAAGAAGAUACUCUCAAGUGAUUCUACACAGAAUAGGUUCCUACGUUUUCUCUACACGAAUUAUGUGCUUCCCAGGAGGGGCAGAAAUGGAGUCCCACUUGAUGAGGAGGCGACGGAUAAGACAUACAUUGGUGCUUCCCCCGAUGGGUACCCAUCCCCCUUUGGCAUGACACUUCACGAAAGGGACCAUACUCAGAGGAGUUCACAGGAUGGAAAAUCCCACCCAGGGGAACACACCAACUGGGUUGACCCCCCCCGAGGCGUGGCCAACUUCCGCCUGAACGAAAUAAGGCAGCUAUUCCAAAGGGGGGAAUACGAAAUUGUCAUACACAGUAACAUCAGCAAUAGGCUGCUAAAGCACAUUUAUGUGGACGACCUAGAUGGGCAUAUAAAGGCGCAGAUCAACUACCUUAACAUGUUUUUCAACCAAGUGCCGGAAAAAACGACGCUCCUUCAACUGUACUCCUUUGUGGAGCACUUCUUAGGCCAACUGGGCAACCAUACAAACGAGUUUUUAUUUUUCCUAGACAGACUAGCCGAUAAGCUGUUACCCAAAAUGAACUUGGUAGAUGUAGCCUUCAUCUUCCACAUGCACAUAAAAUUGAAUUACUAUAAUCAUUUGUUUCUAUUCAUGUUGGUGCGAAGAAUGCAGCUUUUUUUCCUUUCCCUGUUGGCCUUUCCAGAGGGGCAUGCAGAGCUAGCGAAUCCGUACAGGCGAAAAAUAAAGUACCACCAGAAAUCCUUGGUCAUCUUUUUUCACUCCCUAACAAAUUAUUUUUUUUACCUUAACCAGAUGGAAGGGGGGACCAGGUACAAGGACAAACAGAUGCACAUCAAACGUUUCCUCUAUGGCAAACUGGGGGCACUCCACAUGCUGCAAAACUUGCAGCGAAAUUACCUAUCGUAUUCUUUGCUGGACUACACCUUGGUAUUUUCCUCCCUCCACAAGCUGGGCGUACAGAAUGAGCUACUCAGGUUGGUCCUACUUGACUAUAUAGAUAGAAUGGGAUCAUUUCUUCCGACAAAUGGCAACUCCCAAAAGGGAAGACUCAGCCCCUUAACCACCGCCCUCAGUGGGGGCAACCUGCAUCUGUAUGCCUCCCUUUUGAGCACCUUUACAAAGUGUUUCACGUCGUAUCAGUACGGAAGGGAUGAAUACCAGAAGGUCAUGCGGGUGUUACUUAUCCUGUUUGAAAAUGCCCUCUGGGUUAUCGCAAAACUGUUCGUCAGUCAGGGGAAGAGUUUGCUCUGCCCGGGGAGUGGCCACCAAAUGGGCGGGUUGAGACAGCCGUUAGUAGGAAGCGGCUCACCUGUGGGGGAAUCUCACUCGCGAGUAGAUGCAUCUCAAGAAGAUUCACAUAACAGAUGCGUCGAUGCACAGGACGGUGAGGGGGACCCCCCCGGGGGGGGAUACGCAGAUGGAGAACCCACCUAUUUUUCCUUCAUCAAGGUGCUGCAGCUGGAGAGGAGAAAAGGCAAAGCGGGUAACAUGGGGGAAACCCCCUCAAGAGAGCCAUUCGACAAAAAUAGCGUGCCAGGCGGAGGAGGGGACUCCCCAUAUGGACCUUUCCACCAAACGGAAGUCCAAACAGAUAGGCACUGCAAAUCCGUGUACCAUGUGGAGAACGUCCGAGGGAACAUCAAGUUCGUCGUUAAUUGUCUCAACUCCACCUACAAACUGGUUAACCACUUUAUUGGAAUUUUUCAAAUCCAGGAGCACAGCAGGGAACGCAGCAGGGAACGCAGCAGGGAACGCAGCGAAGAACGCAGCGAAGAACGGAGCAGGGAACACUGCCAAUCACACCACAAAUCACACUGCAAAUCACACCGCGAAAAAUUCAAUCGGAUUCUCCUGUACAACUUUGCCAAUAAACUCAUUUACGCAAAACAAAGGGUCAGCCGCUCUGGAGGCUAUUUAGAGAAUCUCCACAGCCGCACUGUGCAUGGCAGCAGAGUCUUUGACUACCGCGAGGGGGGGGUACACAUAAACCGGCUGUUUAUGUGCGCCUACUUGCAGAGCUUCCUCCUCUGCGAUUUGGUUAAUGUGUAUAUUAGUGGAAUGGUCGAUAGGUUACAUGCGGGGAUGCCACCAACAAAUGAUCCACCCAUCGAGGAGACGUCCUUCUCCCAGCUGGCCGCCAACACCCUGGGGGCCAUCCAAAAUUUGAAGCUGCUACGGUACGAUAUCUUUUCCAACAUCGCGUAUAUCCUCAGAAGGGAAUACUUCAAACUGGACGUGGUAAACGCAGGAAAUAUCAUCCACUCGUUCGCCUCCGUCAAGCUGAGGGAUGUGCAGGUAAUAGAGCUUCUGACCAACCAGUUGGUAUCUCACGCGAAUGAGAAGAUGGGGAGCGACCACCAGAUAGGUGAACAGACACUCAGCAAUGUCUCCAUCUCGCUAUUAAAACUCGAUUUGCCGAGCGAAAAAUUUAACGAAAUUAUUUUUCGAAAUUAUAAAAAGGUCCAGUCUGUACACUCUCUCAUAAAUAUAACCCUCUACUUAUGCUACUACAAUUUUAUGCGUCCAUUUUUGCGGCAAAAUAAUUUUACCCACCUUCUUGAGCAUGUGAAUGUAGAAGAUAUGGGCAAGCUGACCGUCCAAAACCAGACGCAGUUACGACUCAUCGCUCUUUUAAUUCUGCAUGUUCAUCAUUAUUCAGUUCGGGAGCCCCACAAGUGGGGGGACCCCAUGGGGACCUCCUCUGGAAAAAUUUCCACCCAUUUGAGUGCACUUCGAGACGUUGUUCUACCCCCCCAAAAGGGGGACCCAACUGCAAGUAACCAACGUGAAGGUCAAACCGCAGAGGAGAUUUACAAACUGGCACACAUGGGAGGGGGAAGACAAAGAGGCGCCUUUCCUCCGUCAGACUGCACACAUGCGGACUCCUCAUCGAUAAACAUGUUCGAAAUUUUGGCGUACAAACGUAUGAAUAACCCUCCGGGGGAGACCCACCUGCUGUUAAGUGAGAGCGACUACUUAAGCCUCCAUCACAUCGCGGCCUUUCCCUUUUCCGCACCCCCCGUUGAGACGACCUCCAGCUUGCACGACGAGAUAUACGACGUGGUGGCGUCGCUGGGUGUUCCACGUCGGCUGGCGAAGGAGUUGCCACACUACCCCUACUGCGUCGAUAUAGUGCUCGCCUAG